ACCCCAAUCAAUCCGCAGUGCCGUUUCCUAUGCCCUAGCCUCAAGCCUUCUAUCGAUCUCGCAACUCUGUGCCUCAACAUCUCCACCCGGCCCCUACCCCUCCACUCCUCCCUCUCAAAUAGCUGCAUGUUUUUUUAGCGUCGAAAAUUGUACUUCUGUUUGUGCUCUCCUCCCUCCCUAAGCUUUGUCCCCUUCCCUCUCGUUUGGAAAGGCUUCCGGCCGCCCUUCCCAGUUGCUAUAUGCAUCGGCCAUGCAAUAGAUGCUCUUUGACCGCUAACGUUUCGUCUUUUUUUUUCUUUUUUCUUUUUUUACAGAUAGACCUUCUCUGGGACCAUGGGAGACCAUCAACAAAACCAGCGGAUGUAUCGGCCUCCUUACAAUCCCCAUACCCCGGCUUCACAGCGUGAUGCCGCUUUCUCAAAUAUCUUUGGCACUGCUCCCUCAGGCCGUUCUCAGACCAUGACAUCUCAAUCGGGUAUCUCGCCGUUAAGCGGGCGUUCACAAACAAUGUCCUCACAGCCGGGAAUGUCUGGAUACGCCAGUUCAUCCCGUCAACAACAGCAGGGAUAUCCACCCAAUGGAUACAAUCAACAAGCUCCCCCCAAUGCCUAUCAUCACCCACAGCCCAACCCCAACUCCAGGGGACAAUACCAACCCCAGAAUCCGCCUCAGCCCAUGCACCCCGAACGGAGGCCAUAUGCACAGCGGGUGCCUGUUCCACCCCCCGGAGCACCCCCUCCUAACCCAAACAUGUCAAAACCAGCUCCCCACAGGUAUUACCCACCCCCGCCCGCUCUAAAUGCGGAUCCGUAUCGUUCCAGAUCCAUGGCAGCAACGUACUCACCCUCCGGCGGACCGCCGGGGCCACAUUUCUCUCGCCCUGGGGUUGGACCGUCGGGACCUCAUAUGUCUAGGACUACCGCACAGGGGAGGAUCGUACCGGAGAGGCAUGAUGAGCGCACCAUGUCACUGACCACAUACCCUCAUGACCGGGACUUUUCCCAAACUGCGAGUGGGCGAGUUAUCCCUCACCGCCGGAAGGAUUCCCAGGAGAGUCAGUAUAGUCAGACUAGCCAGUAUCGACAACAACCGGAACAACAACGGUUUAACUCUAUGCCGGCUAGGGAAAACAAUUAUGUCUCUAAGCAACGGACGCCAAGCUCUGCUAGCACCGCUUCGAGCAUUGCGGCGUUUAGCCCUUCCGGACCUCCGUCUAUCAAAUCAUCUUUCACGGAUUCUACACUUGUGUCAAGGCCCUCAAUGAAUAAUUCUGGGUCUUCGCCUGGAAAUGGUGCCUCCGUUCCUGUGAAGCGUACGCCACUCGUGUACCCUGCUUUAUUGUCCCGGGUUGCAAACGCUAUGCGAGAGUGCAUAAUUGUUGGAGAUCGUGUUAAGAACGAACUUGCAUAUACAUCGGCUUUCACCGGCGCAGAAGCUGUUGACGUGAUUUCUUACAUCAUUAAGACUAGUGAUCGAAGCCUUGCCCUGCUUCUAGGAAGGGCUUUGGACGCCCAAAAAUUCUUUCACGAUGUCACCUACGACCAUCGGUUACGGGAUUCACAAGUGGAGGUGUACAAAUUCAAAGACGGCUUGCUUGAUGAUGACAAUGACGUUAACGGUGUAUUUACCCUCCUUACGGAGUGUUACUCGCCCACUUGUACACCCAAACAGCUCUGCUACUCAAUAGCUUGUCCCCGUCGUCUGGAGCAACAGGCUAGAUUGAACAUGCAGCCACGGCCUGGUUUGAAGCGAGAGGAAUCCCGGUCGAGCUUGCAUGGAGACGAUGACAAGGAACAGAAGCUGUGGAUUCACACAGUGCCUAAAGAGAUCGCGGAGAGCGUAUCGGAGAAGGAAAAAAAGAGACAGGAGGUUAUCUGUGAAGCCAUCUACACCGAGCGGGAUUUCGUGAAGGAUCUGGAAUAUCUUCGAGACUUCUGGAUGAAACCAUUACGCUCGACAAAUCCCCAAAACCCCUCACCUAUCCCGGAACACCGUCGUGAGAGGUUCAUUCGCACAGUCUUUGGAAAUGUUCUGGAAGUCCAUAAUGUCAACUCUCGUCUCGCAGAGGCCCUCACUCGAAGGCAGCAACAGUCUCCGAUUGUCCACAACAUCGGAGACAUCUUUCUCGAAUUUGUGCCCCUGUUCGAGCCUUUUAUCAAGUAUGGUUCGAAUCAGCUGUAUGGGAAAUAUGAGUUUGAAAAGGAGAAAGCUGCCAAUCCCAAUUUUGCCCGUUUUGUGGAAGAGACGGAGAGAAUGAAGGAAUCGCGGAAGCUGGAACUCAAUGGUUACCUCACCAAGCCAACAACCCGCCUCGCUCGAUAUCCACUGCUGUUAGAGGCAGUAAUGAGGCCAACAAGUGACGACAACCCCGACAAGAAAGACCUACCAAAGGCCACUGAACUUAUCCGAGAGUUCCUUACGCGGGUAAACAUCGAAUCUGGGAAGGCCGAGAACCACUUCAAUCUUAUGCAGCUCAAUGGGCAAUUGAUUUUCCGACCCGGGGAGCAUGUCGAUCUUAAGCUAACUGAAGAGGGGAGGCAAUUGAUUUUUAAGGGAAGCCUUAAGAAAAGUGCAGCACCAGAUGGUGGUGGAGAUAUUCAAGCUUUCUUGUUUGAUCAUGCAUUGCUCUUGGUCCGAAUAAAGUCGGUCAACAAGGGAGAAGAGUAUAGGGUGUACCGAAAGGUAAAUUCGAUACCACCCUUUCCUACUCCACAGAGAAAACUAAUCAAUUUUACAGCCGAUCCCGCUUGAGCUACUUGUUAUUGCUCAAAUGGAAGAAGUUUUGCCCAGGGCAGGAAUUUCAAAACGCCCGUCUUCAAGUCUUAUUCCAGGGACCAGGACUAUGAGGAAUAUUCCCAACGAUUUUAAUUCAAGGGAAAAGGGUUAUCCCAUCACCUUCCAGCACCUCGGAAAGCGUGGCUAUACCGUUCCCCUAUUUGCAUCCUCGGUUGUUAGCCGUAGAAAAUGGAUCGAGCAUAUUGAGGCACAGCAAUCCGUGCUUCGAGAGCGUAGUAGCAUAUUUACCCGAACGAUACUCUGCGAUGACUUCUUCAACGUGGGAAACCGAGUGAGCUGUCUUGUGCCCAUAGGUAAGCCCGGUUCCCUCCUGAAAAUGCCCUCUAAUAAAGUUUGACCAAUAUCCUCGAAUUAGAUGGCGGUAGAAAACUUGUUUAUGGCACCGACAGUGGCAUAUAUAUUUCUGAGCGGAAACCUAAAGAGGGAGCAUCCGCGGUCCCGAAAAAGGUGAUUGAAGUUAAUAAAGUUGAUCAAAUUGACGUUCUGGAAGAAUUUUCAAUACUUUUAUUGCUUUCAGAGAAAACACUUAUGUCUAUUCCUAUUGAGGGCCUGGACCCCAAUGAUACUACCCUUGCAAACAAGCGCCCCAAGAAGGUAGCAGGACAUACAAACUUCUUCAAAGCUGGCGUGUGUCUUGGAAAAGUGCUUGUGUGUUGCGUCAGGAGUUCGUCAUUGUCUUCGACGGUCAAAGUUUAUGAACCUUUAGAUACCUUCGCACGUAGUAAGGGGCGGCCAGCUUUUCGAGGGCUUCUACGAGGUGGACAGGAUACACUGAAGGCAUUCAAGGUUUGCGUCCUUAUUUCCUGACUUACUAUUACUUACUGACUUUCCUUUUUUUAUUUUUACCCUAGGAAUUCUACAUCCCCUCUGAAUCGACCUCAAUACACUUUUUGAAGUCAAAACUUUGCGUUGGAUGUUCUAAGGGCUUUGAGGUUGUAAGCCUGGAAACGCUGGAGGCCCAGUCGUUACUGGACCCUGCAGAUACGUCAUUAGAACUAUUCCAAAGGAAGGAAAACGUCAAACCGAUAGCCAUCUAUCGAUUAAAUGGCGAGUUCUUGUUGAAUUAUUCGGACUUCUCCUUCUUCGUCAAUAGGAAUGGAUGGCGCGCACGACCUGACUGGCAAAUUGCGUGGGAAGGUCAGCCAACCGCCUUCGCUUUCUCUUACCCUUAUCUCCUCGCCUUUGAACCCAGCUUCAUCGAAAUAAGGAACGUGGAAACCGGCGGGCUGGUUCACAUUGUCACUGGAAAAAACAUUCGGCUGCUCCAUGAGUCUACCCGUGAGGUAAUUGAGUUUCCUUCACUAUCGCCUACCCCCAAAUGAUACUGAUGAUGACCAGAUCUUAUAUGCAUGCGAAGACGAGGGAAGCGGCGACGAUGUUAUCGCAUCUCUAGAUUUUUGGUCUCGGCAAAAGAUCUAGACGGCAGCCAAUGCGCAGCGCGGGAUUGGUGGGCCAGGGAGGUGAUGGUGAUAUAACUUAUGGUUCUAUAAACCUUAAAGACGGAGAAUGGGCUACUUUCACCCGAUAAUUCGUCAGUCUUAAGAAUGUGUCCUUGUUUCCAGGCUUUGAUUUUGGGUAAUAAUAAGGUGGUACUGAAACCCAAGUAAUUAUGUCCGUGUUUUUCUAUUAUUAUUUUCUUUUUUGUACUCGACAAAGACUGGGAAGAAAGGAGCGAUGAGUUAUGACGGAUAGGGCUCUCUUUUUCUAAAGUGAUGAGGGGGGGGGAACUAGGUGGUGGGGUGGAUCUUUCCUUCUCCUUUUCCAAAUUUCAUUUCCUGUUCUGUUGGCGUUUAGUUCUGGGACUAAGGCAUUCUCAAAUGGUUAUCUUUUGUCUUCCCCUCCCCCCCCUUUUUAUUCUUCUUGCUGUUUACGGAAUAUAUACCCUUUUCGCCGCAAUGGUUUACCAAACAUGCGUUGGAUAUUUGGGUGAAAGUCCUCUUCAAUUAGAGAUGACUGAACGUGAUGUCCUCCCGGCGUAGGGAAUUGUUUUGCGAUUAUGGGUUUCUCCUAUAUAUUGUGUCGAAUAGAUGAGGCCGCUGGUGCCGGACGGCAUUCACUCUGCAUUGGUAUUGAUGGCAGUUGUUUUAUGCAGAGGAGGACGUUAUAGUGUGGUGUGACCGGUGAAUUGUAUAGUAUUAUAUCUCAAUGAAGUUGCGUUUGCGGCAUCAGAGGUGCCUUUUUCUUUUCUGCCGAAAUCAUUUCUUGCUAAAUACACGUCCGCGGGUCGGUCAUCCCACUACCACGAUGCGAGCAUCACGGUUGCCAACAAGUCAGUGGGAAACUUUGCCGAGUGAUACCCUGCGACAGAAUGCGAAGUGGAAGGAAGUAAGCUCUAUCAUACAAAUUGUUUUGAAUAAAAUUCACUCAUCUGCCAUCGGCCCAACGCCCCAAACGAGCUUGAGCGCCCAUGACUACCUCUCUACCUCAUCAGAGUGGAGCUCGCCUUAUCCCUCUUCUGGAUGCCCUGCCCGAAUCAGUAGAGGGGUCGAAGCCCACACGGACGGACCACGGGUAGCAGCAGAAUUUCAUGGCUCUGAUGAGAUUGUUUUCCUUGCAUUAUAGUAUCAAAUGGCGGUCGCCGGAUGAGCCAGAAGGACAGACGUAGCGGGGGUGUGGCGGGAAAGAAUAGGGUCUGACUGUACUUUCAAGCUGCGUUUUUUUUUAGAUCCGCUCCAAGUCAGUGGAGAGUGAAGUGAAAUACUUGUAGUAUCAUAGCUCCAGAAGAGCUCAGGCAAGGGUCACGUGGCCCGCUAUAGCUUUCCAAUAGAGCGGUAAGAUGGAUUCUCUUCCGGGCUAAGUAAGUACUCGAGUAUGUGCUGUGGUUUCGACCCAAGUUCGGGGUGUGAUACUGUACAACAAACCGGGCAACUAUGAUGCUCGAGGUAUCACACAGUAAUCAUACAUCCCCCAUUCACAGAUCAACAAUUCCCGAGUGACUUACAGUGACGCCAUGCCUUUAGAUCGCGCUACCCCAAUUCCUCAUUUCCAGAACCUAGUAUGGUACCGGUAUCAUACUAUACUGCCGAAUUCAGAUGAAAGUGGAAGAUCACUUUAGGAAUUCCAAGAGCUCCAUCGAGAGAACAUCUAAUACGAGUAUAUCAUCCAUCACCUGUACUAGCAGUCCUAGACUGAGUUCUUUUUUUUUUUAUUCUUAUUUUUUUACACAAUUUAACACCCAGAGAGUAUGAUACUCGCGCGCCCCAGAUCCUCCCACAGGUAAUCAUAUGGAGCCAUGCAUUCGGGUCCCUUGCAGUUCACGUGACCGAUACGCCGGCAAGGACUAUGAUAUUGUAGAUAUGAUAAGAAGACGGCCCGUCCCGUCGUCCCCUUUUCCCCUCCCCUUGCUUUUCCCACGAAGAUCUGCCGAUUUUUCCCCACCCACCAAACUCAGAUAUAUCAUAUUAUCAGACUGCCGGUAUUUCCCAUGCAUAUCUCUGAUUUCCCAAGAAUUUAUAGCAAUGCACACACACACACCUUUCUGUUGUUAUAAAUUUAGUAUGGAAGUCAAUGGAUGGCCCUUGCCAGUCAGUGCACCCACCAUGUUUACCCUUAAAUCAACGUCUCCAAAUAUCCUCCAGCGGUAACCGAAACAUCACCCCCUUCCCGCGCAGUUCGGGGAAGUAGCUAGGUGCAAGCCAAGUGCGCUCAAGGCAAUUUCCCGCUGUGUGAAACACCUUGACGUAAUCUAGCGAGUGGUGGACAAAGGCGAAUAUUUGCAUUCUUGGUAUUCUCGGCGCCCUUUGCUUGUUCGUCGGUGUGUAAGUUCUUGUUUUCCCCUCGCGGUUUCCAGUCCAGAUUAUAUACCAUGCAUACAGGACCCCACUUGACUAUUGGCGAUAGCACAAAACCAGAGGUCAAAUAGGACAUAAAAUCGAGAACCCUGACAUCUUUUUGUGAAUAGGGGUUAUCACGGUAUUCCGAAAAGAGGUCUGUGAAUUCGAGAGUUCGUUAGCUAGACGGCGAGAAAUCACACCAGAGCCUGCGGCCCAGGCAUGGGAGACACUCUAUGUAUGUAAGUAUGCACGCUCGGAUUUUCGGCCGGAAAGAUAUUGCAGUAGAAUAUGAUAAACAGCAGGUUGCUGCCGGAUGCCCUCCUGACUCCGAAUUUCUGUUGGGAGAUUAAGUCAGCCACACCCAAGUCACUCGUAAGGCAUGUACCGGUAUAUCGUACCGCGCAGGCUACGGCCGAAACCAUCUCAACUCUGCCGACCCCAACUCAUUCUUACAUACCACUUUCUCCCCGGUGCUUCUCCUACAUGGCCCACGGCGCCAACGAGAGCCCUACCCGAAUAUGCCGAGUGGAUGCACUCCCAAGAUGAGGGGUAAGGGAUCACGUGGGCAAGAUAUGCAGCCGACUGGGACGAACUGGAGGAAACUCCAUCUCAUGGUUGGAAACCGAUACCGGUACCGUAGCUUGGUGACGGGAAAUUUCUACCGGGGGGAGGGAAGGG